AUGGCCUACACCUUACUGAAACUUUCACUUAGUGAUAAUCUUACUAAUAAGAAGGAGGUCUAUCAAUUCUAUCAAUUACUAAAGGGUGUUGAUGUUUCAACUAUCAAUGUGGAUUUGUCUGUUUCUCCUCUGAAUUAUAAUAGUUUCAGCUUCAGACCAGUUGAAUUUUCAGAAGCUGAUUACCCACGGGCUGAAUAUCAAAGAAGACAGCAAUUUUGGGAUCCUAUACGUGUAGCUCUUUUCACAUUGGCAAUUGUAGCAAUCAUAGGAAUUGCAAUUGGUAUUGUUACUCAUUUUGUUGUUGAGGAUGAUAAGUCAUUCUAUUACCUUGCCUCUUUUAAAAUCACAAAUAUAAAAUACAAAGAAAAUUAUGGAAUGAAAAGCUCAAGAGAGUUUAUAGAAAGGAGUCAUCAGAUUGAGAGAAUGAUAUCUAGGAUAUUUCAACAUUCUUCUGGAGGAGAUCGGUUUAUCAAAUCUCAUGUUAUCAAAAUGAGUCCAGAUGAACAUGGCGUGAAAAUUCUUAUGGUGCUCAUGUUUCGAUACCCAUCUACUGAUAGUACUGAGCGAAUCAAGAAAAAAAUUGAAAGGAUUUUAUAUCAAAGUCUGAAGACAAAACAGUUGCCUUUGACUAUAAACAAACCUUCCUUUACACUCACAUCUAUUGACGGCAAAAAGAUGAUGAAUCUUCUCAACAGCCGCUGUGGAAUAAGGAUGACAUCUUCAAACAUGCCUUUACCAGCAUCCUCUUCUACUGAAAGGAUUGUCCAAGGGAGGGAAAUCGCUCUGGAAGGGGAGUGGCCAUGGCAGGUCAGCCUCCAGCUCAUAGGGGGAGGCCAUCAGUGCGGAGCCAGCCUCAUCAGUAACACCUGGCUGCUCACAGCAGCUCACUGCUUCCGCAAAAAUAAAGACCCAAGUCAAUGGAUUGCUACUUUUGGUACAACAGUAACACCACCUGCAGUGCAACGAAGGCUGGGGAAAAUUAUCCUUCAUGAAAACUAUCACAGAGGAACAAAUGAAAAUGACAUUGCUUUGGCUCAGCUUACUACUCGAGUUGAGUUUUCAAAUAUAGUACAGAGAGUUUGCCUUCCAGAUUCAUCUAUAAAGUUGCCACCUAAAACAACUGUAUUUGUCACAGGUUUUGGAUCCCUUGUAGAUGAUGGACCCACACAAAAUAAACUUCAUCAAGCCAGGGUGGAAACCAUAAGCACUGAUGUGUGUAAUAGAAAGGAUGUAUAUGAUGGCCUGAUCACUUCAGGAAUGCUAUGUGCUGGAUACAUGGAAGGAAAAGUAGACGCAUGUAAGGGCGAUUCUGGUGGACCGCUGGUUUAUGGUAAUCAUGACAUCUGGUACUUAGUUGGUAUAGUAAGUUGGGGACAAUCAUGUGCUCUUCCCAAAAAACCUGGGGUCUACACCAGAGUGACUCAGUAUCGAGAAUGGAUUGCCUCAAAGACUGCUAUCUAG